UACAUCAAUAAAGUGCACAAAGAAGAAGUGGGUAAGAGAAGCGUGAUCAAUAGUUCAAAGUCCGCGAGUAAUUAUACAGAGUAUCUGUUGGAAGUGUUAUACAUCCUAUCGACAGAAAGCAGCAGACACGAUGACGGAGCUGCGUACGUAAAAAAGGGAUAAAUGCAAAGUUUCAAACAUCCUCCUCGUGCCGUCCGCGCUCUUGCUUCUUCGCUUUUGCGAAACGACUCAAAGUAUAAAAAAAGGGAAAGAAAAGAGCAGUCGAGAUGGACUUCGAAAGUGUCAAUCCUUUCAAUGUUCGGAUGAACAAGAUCGCGGGAAACUUAUUACCGAUGACCGCUGAUAGAUCAUCGUUUCCGAUACUUUGGAAGAUUUACAGCAGCUUGAUAUGGCUACUGGAGUUGAUACAAAUGAUCAUAUUAAUUCCCGGGUGCAUGCUCGUACCGAAAGAAAAAGCUCUGAAGGACGGCUUGAUCGGUGUCGCAGUCACCCUAGAAGUGCUCUUUGUGGUUGCGCGAAUCCACAUGCGUAGAGGAUUGGUGCAACGAAUAAUCCAACGGGUGAACGAAAUUCUGUACUUGGACGAUGAGAUGAUGCAAAGUAUCGUAACGGCGAGUCUAAAAUCGAUGGAGAUCCCGUUGAAGUUCUAUUGGUCGGCCGGUGUAAUGUCCAUAGUACUGUGGAGCGGUACACCGCUUUUAAUGAUCCUCAAGAAAAAUUCCUUUUCUUACGUGGAUUACAGAAUGCCAGUCGCCUAUGGCAAAGAACCAAUAUCCACUGGCUCUUUCGUGAUAGGUAGUCUCAUCGUGAUGUCGAGCAGCGCGUUGAUUUUCACAAAAAAGGUCGCCGUGGACACCUACACGAUACAUCUCAUACUACUUAUAACGGCACAGUAUCGUUACAUAGCGUCGAAGCUCUCGAUAAUAUUGCAAAAUGAUAGCAGCGAUCCCGCUGGGAAUAAAAGUUAUCCAAAGAGUAACUUAUCUGCGGAAAAGGAGAUCAAAGCGGUGUGUCGACAUCACAAUGCUAUCGUUCAUAUAAUGUCCAUGCUAAAAGAGCUACUGUCUUUAAACUUUAAUUUAUUAUAUAUCAACAGUGUUCUCCGAUUCUGCUCUAUUGGUAUUAUGUUGCUAGCAGUACCAUCGACAAGUCUACUAGAAGGGUAUUUAAUUGUCAUGUACGCGAGCGGUGGAAUAGUACAACUCUAUAUACUGUGCUCUUGUGUGCAACAGUUAUUGGAUGCGACCGUUGAAAUAACGAACAAAGCAUUCCACGAGGAAUGGUAUCUGCACAAACCAUCGGUAAAACGUACCUUUAUAUUGCUGAUAAUGGCAAAUAACUUGGAUUGCAAACUCGCCACAUUUGAGAAAUUCAAUCUAUCUUUACCCUCAUUUAUGGCGAUUCUAAAUCAGUCCUAUUCAAUAGCUCUACUGCUCUUAAGGACUAAUUAAAAAGUGACGAUAGAAAGAGUUGUUCGCUCAAUUGUACAUCUUGUUAUGUUCGAAAAUUUAUAACUAGUAGGAUAUCACGAGACACAAUGAAAGGAGAAAAUGAUGACUAGUUUUCUAAAGCACACGAAAAUGAAAUUAUUAAACGAUUUAGAUUUUUCAUUAUCCGACGUACUUUGCAGCAGAGAUGAAUUGAGAUUGAAACUAAUUUUCUGGAAUGAACAUGUUGAACUGUACCCUUUUAUCAUCUCUUUCUCAUAAAUAUACGAUAAUGUGGUUAAUUAAUAUAAC